AUUGGAGGUAAAGAAGUGAUACCUCAUUCAAAACCAUUUAUGGCUCUAAUUAAAGAAAAAAAUGGACAAAAUCUUUGUGGAGGAGCUUUGAUCAAAGAAAACUGGGUGUUAACAGCUGCUCACUGCAAAAUGAAAAGAAGCGAAGUUAUUCUUGGAGCUCAUUCAAUACAAGGAAGAGAGAAAGAAAAACAAGUUUUUCAGAUUGCAAAAUAUAUUCCCUACCCACCCUACUCUUGUAAUAAAGAAGAAAAUGAUAUAAUGCUCCUGCAGCUUAAAAAAAGAGCAAAAAUUACUAAAGCUGUGAAACUCAUUCCAUUGCCAAACUCAGAGGAUGACCCCAAAGAAGGAACAGUUUGUACAGUAGCAGGAUGGGGGAAAACUCGUAAUUAUGGGAACAAAUCCUCUAGUACACUAAGGGAAGUCAAUGUCACCGUCAUCAACAGAAGAAUAUGCAACGACUCGAAGCAUUACAAAGGCAAACCGGUCAUAACAGAGAAUAUGAUAUGUGCUGGCGAUAGGAAAGGAGGAAAGGACACGUGUUCUGGAGAUUCAGGUGGACCGUUAAUAUGCAAAGGUGUGAUGAGAGGCAUCACUGCUUUUGGAAAAGUCAACAAGUGUGGCAGUGUUGACGGCCCUGGUAUCUACAUUCGACUCACAAAGCAAAAGCUUAAAUGGAUAAGAAAUACCAUAGGGGGAGAUUUACAGACUGCAUUUUGAUCAGCCGAUUUCCUACUCCGUGCUUGUGUGUUAAAAUCCUGUGUUGCAAUAUACAUUAUAAGAUAGCUUCAUGUAAAAAAGUAUUCCCGUGCUGAGCUUUAGCAG